GGGCGCCUGUGGCAGGGGGCUCUCGGGUGUCAGCGGCGCAGGGGCAGUGAGCGUGGAGGGUGCGCAGCGCAGCGGUGGUCAGCAGCGUGGAUUAGAGAUUGCCUUGCCACCGCCGCUGCGUUAGGAGGAGGGAUCUGCGCUUGUGCAGAAGCUUGCUCAUUGCUUUACUUUUGCAGCCCGGGGCAGGGACAUUAUGCCGAAGAGAAAGUCUCCAGAGGGUGCUGAGGGCAAGGAUGCAGCAAAAAUAACUAAACAAGAGCCCACAAGACGAUCGGCAAGAUUGUCAGCUAAACCUGCUCCACCAAAACCUGAACCCAAACCAAGGAAAACCACAAAGAAGGAACCCGGAACAAAGGCUAACAAAGGUGCUAAAGGAAAGAAGGAUGAAAAACAAGAAGCUGCAAAGGAAGGUACUACACCAUCUGAAAAUGGUGAAAAUAAAGCUGAAGAGAUUCGCAUCUCUCGCUCAACUGUUAGUGUUUCAACAUCCAGAGGUGCCCCACCCAGCACACUGUCAGUAAAAGGGCAGAUUGAAACAGUGAAAGUUAAGGGCACAGAGAACUGAAUCUGUAGGUGACAAGAGCCAAUGAAUUGUCAUGAAAAUUUUGGGUUGAUUUUAUGUACCUCUUGGACAACUUUUAAAAGAUAUUUUUAUCAAGUAUUUUGUAAAUGCUAAUUUUUUUAGGACGAUGAUAGUUGACAUAUUAAACUAUAUAGGAACAUAUCCCUUCUCAUAACCAUGCUCUUAGAAAUUCCCAUUGCUGCCAAGUAAUAUAAAUAUCAACUUAGCGUUGGAAGAUGUGUGUCAAAUUGGAUCAGCAUUCCAUACACUUGCUUUAAGAAAUUAAGUCUUGUGCGUAUGGUGAUGGUUUUUACUGUGUGUAUUUGAAUUUUUCAUGCAGUUUUCUAGAGCAAUAAUCAGUGGUGCUUUUGUACUUAGGGUUUAUGUGAUUUUAAUGAAACAUGGAUAGAUGUGGCCACCUGCUGACUAUUUUGGGUUCUAUUAAUGGAUUAAAAUAAAAGGUCUCCUUGCCUGCAAAUCUACAGCCUCCUAAUGUUUUCUCUAAAUCUGAGGAAUGCCUGACUCAUUUUUUAACUAUUGUGUGGAAGACUAAAUGGUUUAGCAACUAUUGUGUUCUGCAUGCACUACGUUUGAUGCUUUUUGCUGGUCUCUGAUAAACAUAUUUAAAUGUCCACAUAUGAGUAACAGGUCAAGAUUUUCAAUGGUCCACAUAUUAAUGGCCUUCUCAAUAUGAACCAGUGUAUUCGUAUUUACUAUCACAGUUGAAUAGACUUUGUAUUACUGUACCAGUAUAACAUACAGUGAGAUACCAAAACAGAAUGAAUUGCUUGAUUGAAGCAAAUGUACAGUAACUGAAAGGCAUUCAGGAGCAGCUUUGCUUCCUCUCUCCCUGCCCCUCCUCCCCCCCCUCAUCUAAUACAGGAGUUUUUAAUUUUAGCAGCUUAUUACAUGGAACUCUUGUUUCUAUCUACAGCCCCAAAUUUAACAUAAAAUAGUAAUUGCUGUUCUGCUUCAGCAGAGGACAGUUGUAAAUGUAGUGCAAUUGCUGUUAAACAGCACUAUACUUGGUAUGUGGUAGAGAUGGAACAAUUAAAGUAUUUUUGAGGGGCUUGUGGUGGUGGUAAAUUAGCUAAUGACCUUUAGUACCUAUACAUUACAGCUCUUCAGCUCAUUAUAAGCGCCUUUGAUAGUUUUCUCUUUAUCCUCUUCUGGAACUCUAGUAUUUCUAUUGUUGUUUGUGGGGGUGGGAAGGUGAGAAAGGAAUGUUCCCUGUUCAGUGACAUUUAUUUGUAUUGCUGAAGUGGUGGCCAUUAUGUCUGGGGAUACUUUUGUUUGUUUCAGUCA